AUGCCAGGGCGUUGCAGUAGGUGUUCUUGUCUAUCUCUCCGAAGCGUUCAAACGAGUACCAGGCGGGAAGCUUUCAAGGUCUUCUGCCAGUGCGUCCACCAUCACCGCGGAAGCGGUGCCAGCGGUGAGUGGUUGGGGCGGUGGGUGAGAGAUCGAGGCGCGUUCGAAGAGUUCCAAGAGGUCUCGAGGGGCCUGCGUACCAAGCCCGCACGAGCCGGCUUGCGGCCUUUUUUGGGUCGCGAGUACGUAGGGCCCGGGGCCGCGAAAAAGAUGCCCGGCUGCGCCUGUUGGGCGUGCUGUGAGUGCCCGUGGGCCUGCACGAACCACAAGCACACGCUGUGCUACGACGAGCGAACCUGUGGCGACAACGCGGCCCUGGUGGUGUCUGGAUACUGGCGGCUACCUCUCCUUUUCCGGGAACAUCGUGUGCGACAUGGGGAUCUUCACCCCGGCCUGGCCGUAUCGCAUGGGUGUGCGGGUGCUCGAUGUCAGCUGCAGUGCGUGUCCCCGCUUACAAUCUCCGGCUGUCGCUGCGGUUCUCUCCUGUGCUCACGGUAG